AUGGUCAGACCCACUCUAUUGAGGUGUAAAGUGUUGGAUCACUUACAUAGUGGUCAUAAUUGUAUGAAUGUCAUAAAAGCAGAAGCUAGGAAUUGGGUUUGGUGGCCUAAGAUUGAUCAAGAUACUGCAGAGGUUAACGAAGAGUUUGUCAUAUUUGGUUAUGCUAAUAAUUAUCAACCAAAUCAAGCUCCUGUUCUUUUUUGGCCUUCACCUGGUAAAGUGUGGUCUAGAUUGCACAUAGAUUAUGCUGGGCUGGUGGAUAAUAAGUAUUUUCUUGUGAUUGUAGAUGCUUAUACUAAGUUUAUGGAUGUCCAUGUUACCUCCUCAACGACAUUAAAUGUUGCUAUUGAGUUACUUAGGAAAACCUUUCCUAAUUUUGUAAUUCCAGAUGAGAUUGUAUCAGAUAAUGCUCCAUAUUCUGUUCAGAGGUGA